AAGUGUUUCUCAUCCCGGAUUAUUUCAUGCAGCUGAAACAUAAACACAGGUGAAAAUGGGCAUGUCCAGAGUGCUGCUCGGCCUCGCCCUCCUCACGAGUCUAUUGGCUGCCGCUGUGAUGAGUCACGAGGGGGCGUGUCUGCGGGACGGGAGCCACAAAGCCACGCCCAGUCCAGAGCCUCAUCUGAAGCAGUGUUUGCUCUACAGGGAGAACUCGUGUUGUUCAGAGACGGGCGUCCAGGAUCUGUCCGGCCCUGUGUCCGGCGUGGACAACUCUCUCUGGGAUAAGUGUGGUCUCCUCAGCCCUCUGUAAGUCUCUGC